AACGAUGAACUUAUCUAUUAAGCUUUGUAGGACAGACCAUAUUUAUAUCAAAAUGCCACAAAAUAUCCUUGUCAUUCGUACUUUAGAUUGUUACAAGACAGUUUGGAUUCAUAUAUCUGUUGAAUAAAAUAAUCCUGAAACAUGCAAAGUCAAGAUUUAUCCGUCUUGGAAUUGUUGGGGUCCUCCAUCGCUAAAAUGGGACAAAUUCCGGAACAUAUCGCAGUAAUUAUGGAUGGAAAUCGACGCUAUGCAAGAACAAUGGGGAUGAAAACACUUUUGGGACAUCAAACUGGAGCUAACGUACUGCACAACCUUGAAUCAUGGGGAAAAGCCUUAGGUUGCAAGGAGCUCACGGUGUAUGCUUUUUCCACCGAAAACUUUAAGCGUACCAAAGAAGAAGUGGAAAAUUUGAUGGAUUUGAUGUUUUACGAAUUGGGAAAAUCACUUUUGAAUGUUGAAGAUGGUAGUAACAUGGAUACUUGCAUUCAAUUUAUUGGGAAUUUACACACUCUUCCAGCAAAAGUUCAACACAGAAUGGCUAACAUCAUGAAAAAAACGCGUUACUUUGAACCUUACAAGUUGAAUAUUGCAGUGGCUUACACAGGUCGAGAAGGAAUAUUGCGCAGCAUGAACGUUAUCCAAAGGAACACUGAUAACAAUCAAAUAAAUACCUGCUUGGUAGACCAAUCGCAACAUUUAAUGGAUGUGCGUCCCGUCGACAUGCUUAUCAGGACUGGGGGUGAUUUACGCCUUUCUGAUUUCAUGUUGUGGGAAAGUUCACAUGCCUACAUUCACUUUACACCCGUGACAUGGCCAGAAUUGACAUUUUGGCAACUUUUACACGCAUGCUUCAUGUACCAGAUCCAUCGGAAGAAAGUUACCCCUAAAGAGUUACCACCAAAUAACUACCUUGAUCUCACUGACGUCCAAUACGCUGACCUCACCUUGGAGAAAUCUCGCACUCUUGAAUGGAAAGUUAUUGACGGAAAGGCCGGUAGUGACUUUCCUCACGGGCGAAAUGCGAAAAUUCCUUCUCCAACUAUUUGGUACCGACAACUACUCAAAAAUGUAUUAACAAUUUAAUUAAGCUAAGAUCAAACUGCACUUAUUCAUGCAUGGCUUUCUGUAAAUAAUUGUAUUUCAAACUAAUAAUUUGUUCUCAAAUCAAUUGAAAUGUGCAAAUAUUCAUAUCAUGCAAGAUCGAGCUUAUGAUACAUAAUUAGAAUUACUUGAAUUAAAUUUGUUUCUGCGAAACAAAAAUCAUUCCAGCUAACAUGUUUACAAUUCUCAUACAAUUUAUUUCAUGAUAAAAUUAUUCAUUUACACAG